GCGACAUCAUGCCUCCCCCAGAAAGCCUGUUCGCCAUCGACUCGCCCCGCAUCGCCGCACUCAGCGAGGUGCCCGAGGACAGCGUCGUGACCCCGCGCUCGCCCUACUUCCACGCUGCGCUCUCCUCGUCUACCUCGACCUUCAAAGCCGCGACCGCCGCGACGGCCGCGACGAGCAGCAGCAGCCUGUCCAGCGCGUCCGCCACGUCGUCCUCGCGCGGCGUCGCGGGCCCGCGGAGCCCGUCGCACCUCGUGCGGCCGUCGCCCUCGAGGUCCACUAGCGAGGUGCGGGAGAGCGUCGCAAGCGCUGUAACAGGGAGUGGGCGCGGCACGCCUGCCGCGGGCGGGAGCCGAACACGGUCGGGCUCGCCGGCGACGCUGAAGGAGAAGCACCGCGAGCGCGAGGGCGAUCGGGAGAGCGUGCGGGAGAAGCACCGGGAUCGUGGCAAAGAGCGGAGUGCUAAAAGCUCGAAGAGCUCGGGCAGCACGCAGAGCGGGCCCCGGAUGCGCACGACGCCGCACCUCCCUCACGCGAAGGACGUCGAGGUGGCGCCGCCGACGCUGAUGUACUGGAGCCCGGCGCCGGUGUUUGGGCUGCUGCCGCAGCACGGGAUGCGGGCGCACUCGGCGACGCUGGUGGACAGCGUUGUGUGGCUGUUUGGCGGGUGCGACGAGAAGGGGUGCUGGAAGGACGUGUAUCUGUUCAAUACGGAAACGAUGCAGUGGAUGCAGCCCGUGAUGCUCGGCGACGUGCCCCCGCCAUGCCGCGCGCACACAGCGACUCUGGUUGAUCGCCGGAUGGUGGUGUUUGGCGGCGGAGAAGGCCCUGUAUACUACAACGACACAUUCGUGCUCGACACGGCGACCAGACGCUGGACGCGGGUUGUCUUCCCGGAGGGUGCGCCCGUGCCCCCACCACGGCGUGCGCACACGGCAGUGCUAUACAAGAAUAAAGUGUGGGUGUUCGGAGGUGGGAAUGGCAUGGAGGCCCUCAACGAUGUGUGGACACUGGACGUGAGCGGGCCGGUGGAGCGGAUGCGGUGGCAGCUGGUGGACACGCGGGGCAAGAAGCCAAUCCCGCGGGGCUAUCACACAGCGAAUCUAGUCGGGAACGUGAUGGUGGUUGUGGGUGGCAGCGACGGGCGUGAGUGCUUCGCUGAUAUCUGGUGUCUGAACCUCGACUCGCUAGUCUGGAGUCAAGUAACGCUUGACGUGUCGUACCGACGGCUGUCGCACACCGCGACACAGGUUGGGUCGUACCUGUUCAUCAUGGGUGGUCACGACGGUAGCCAGUACACGUCGGAGCUGCUACUCUUCAAUCUCGUGGCGUUGAGCUACGAGCCCCGCUCGACGGCGGGGAAGCCCCCGUUGCCCCGCGGGUAUCACGUCGCUUUCCUCGCGGACAGCCGGCUCUUCCUCAUCGGCGGGUUCAAUGGGAGCGACGUUUACGACGACGUGCACAUUCUCGAUCUCGCGGGCGCGGCGUACCUCCCGCAAGUGACGAGUUUCACAAUCGACGUCGAAUGAAUAGGAGAACUACACCCUCGUAUCUACAUCUGACGGGCGGGGCCCACGAGAAGGGGGGAAGGGGGGAUGCGUGUAAUUUAUGAGGAUUGGAUAUCAGUAAGGAGCGCAUAAUCUUUGUUGUAUCUGACAUUCGCGCAUAUGCGCUGUUCAAGAACAUAGCAGUGGUUCCGUGGU